GUGCCAAUUUUGGGAUCUAGAAUAGAGGCGUUCGUAUCUAUCUAUCGUAUGUCUAACGAGAACACAAGGAACUCAAUGAUUAUGACGGAUCCGGUUUAUCCUAUUGAAGGAGCGAGCCGCGUUAAAGAAAAAGAAUUCACAUGGAUAUCUGGUUUAUCAUGUUUUUUUAGUGUCCAGCAUUAUUCCUUCAAUUCGCGGACAUGUCAACUGGUUCUGGGCGCAGAAGCACGCAAAUCGGCCGAUCUGCCUACCAUAUCCGCUCGCAAUUUGGCUCUGGCCUCCCGCAGUGUUCAACUGAUUGCCCGAUUUUUUCCGGACACGUUGCGUUCACAACGCUUUUUCGUAAAUAAUCCCUUCAGUCAGCGCUGUUCUUAUCCGGCUGCUGCGACUACCACUCCCUUUGUACCUCUCGGCAUCUGGGAUUCUGCGGAGUUCCGUGAGCCAGUUCAAGGUCAACGAGAUAAAGAAUUCCACGGUCAAACUUGGUCAGCCGUGUGUUCAGAUUUGAGUCUCCAAACACAAGCACACACACACGGAUGA